AUGGCUUCUACUCAAAACCCUGAUCCAGAAACUGGCAAAUCUGAACCGAUUCCGGCGUCGGAUGCACCACCAGUACCACCAACAACAACACCGUCCUCAACCGCCGGUUUCCUAGAUUGCCGGACAAUAGACGUCAUAAUAAGAGUUCUGCUUUUCUCCGCCACAUUGACUGCUCUUAUAAUUAUGGUGACUAGCGACCAGACCGAAAUGACUCAGCUCCCUGGAGCUCCAUCUCCUGCUCCUGUCUCCGCCGAGUUCAAUGACUCUCCUGCUUUCAUGUCAGUCUCUUCACAUUAA